AUGGGUAGCACUGGACCAUCAAGCUUUCUGCAGCAGCUCGUGUUACAGGCGCAAAUACUGGCCAAUCUACAGUGGCUAUGCGAGUUCCAAGUGUUGGCCUGCAUCCCGCUGGAUGGAGAGGUCGCCUUUGAAGAAGUCGCCGACAUCAGCAAUGUACCGGUGGAUCAUCUGCAGCGAGUGGUGCGUUUGAUGACGACCGCAGGCUUCCUUCGAGAGCAAACUAGCGGGCAUGUUUCUCACACUGCCUUGUCAGCCUCAUUUGUCACGGAGCCAGAUCUCUUGGACGCAGCGCUAUUCCUAGCUCAAGUUGCGGUACCGGCGGCUUUGAAGACGUCCCAUAUGGCGCAUCAGUCCGCUCCAUACAGCCAUGACCAGCUGUCAGCGAUGGCUGUUCAGCCGGAGGGCAGGCUGAUGGGCCUAGCCGGGGAUUUCGAUCCUUCUCAGCCCAAGAUCCACCGCCAGUUCGCAGCUUAUCUGGCCCACGGGAUUCUCGACGAAUCCUCCGCAGUCGAUGAGGUGCUUAAGCUGAUAGACUGGGAUGCUAUCGGGGCAACAACGGUGGUUGAUGUCCACCCCCAGUCGACGGCCACCGUCGCCAAACUUGCCGCACUUGCGCCCGCUGUCCAAUUUAUCGUGCAAACGAGUUCCCCAAGCAAUGGCCAUUCGGGAUUGAUGACGGGAUCAGAUGGUGGCAAUGGCGGCCCAUCUUGGAUGACUUCGCACCUACCAGCCUCGAUCGGAAAUCGCGUUACGGUACAGACGCGGCCAGCGGCGGCCUCGCAAACGGUCCUCGGGGCAGCUCUAUACAUUCUGCGAAUUCCUUCACCAUCCCCAGGUCUUUCGUGGGCGACCAUACGCAGUCAGACCAUUUUGGAACUGCAGGCUCAUCUCCAAGUUCUUCGCGCACGGUCGAGUUCCCGCCUUAUGCUAACUGUUUUGGUAAUUCCCCCGCCUGGCACUAUCGACCAGGGAACAGAUGCAAUGGUGCGCGUUCGCGAACUUUCCCUGCUACAACUGACCAACGAGCGACUGCCGAGUAAGACAGAGAUCAUCGACCUUGUAACCAGUAUAAGAGACUUGGCGGGCGGACUAGUCCUCAGCCGGGAAAUCUACGCCCAAGCCAGCGCAGCAACCGGGCUGGAAGUGAAGUAUCAACCAUCGAAUGAAAGGGGCCGCUGA